AUGGCGCGCAGGCGUAACAAUGCUUUUCCAAAUGCCUUGUACGGGCUAGUAUAUCGGGAUCUUGGGUCAUACGCCUCUUUGAGCAAUUCAAUCUAUCUGAGCAUGAACGCAAAUUCCAGGGUUUUGAAUGCUUCGAGGAACGGUCAGGAGUAUUCUAGUGCCGCCAACUUUCCCCUGGCAGACAGUUACAACACUUUAGUCCUUAGCGAGAACUCCGCGGCUCUUCUCGACUUACCACUUCCUGCCUACAUUACUGAGAUUCAAAGGAGACUGGCCCCAAAUGAGACAUGGCAAGUUUCCGCCGGUAUCGACGCCAUUGUAAUAUCCGCCGACACUCCCGAAUUAGGGGACGCAGAUUGUCUAAUGGGCAGUUUCGGUAACGACUCAGUAGCCGCGCCAUCUCCAAUAGGCUCUACGAGGAACGCGUCCGACGAUAUCUACCUCAGUUUCAUAGAGUCGGCGCAAAUGUUCAGCAUUCGACGGCAAGGCUGCCAUGGGAGAUGGGAAAUCACUCAAUCCGAAGUGAAGCUCCUGGAGGGCCUCUGCUCCAACCAAUCGGCAGCCAACUCGAGCGUUCUUCACGAUUGGCAGACAAAUCCAUUCGCAUUUGAUGUUCUGCCGGUCUUGGUAAACACCAUUGGCAUUUUCAGCACGAUUCGCCCUACCUCUCCCUGGAAGCAGAUAUCUUAUGUGGUGGCUGCAGCAAACACAUGGCGGGCUCGUUCUGCUUUCCUCAACUAUGGGACACCUGACACAGGGUAUAUCUUUCGAACGUACCCGGAGACUCGAUACGCGCCGCGAGGCCAGAUCAUCGCGUCAACUAGGCCAACACUUGAUGCAACUUGGGGGCUAUAUCUGGUGUUGAUGAUCUCCCCCAUCAUCACAAUAAUACUGUCCAUUCCGUUGCCAGUGCUCUACAGCCUACCUAUCGGCACACCCUUUGGGUUGGUCUCGAUCCUGGCUGGCAUCGAUCGAGACACCCUAGCCUUGGUUCAGGGAGCGGGAUUGUCCGGGGCACUUGGUCGAGAAAUGAAUCUUGAAAUUUCGAGUGAAGCGGUGCCCAACAACAAACCAGAAGUGAUUGCUGAGGCCAGCUACAGGAUCAGGUAUACCCUCUCCGAAGGUUUGAGAAAACCCAUCGAAGCAGGGAUUGAACGGGGUCGAAUUUAUGAGUAUCUGCGCUUCAGAAGCAGCAAAUCGAGGAUUUCGGACAGGCUGUUGCAUGGGCUGAGCUAUGAAUUGUCAGGCUGGGGGGCUGAGAAUAGUUGUAUGGAUUCUUCCCGAAUUCGUCAGACCGUCUGUCUCUCAUUUCAUCGGACACCAUGUUUACGGUCAAAUCAAAUUAAAUCCUACGUGACUCAUAGGUGUGAUCUCUCUAUUUCGUUGGCGCUGUACACGGGGGAGGAGUGA